AUGGCCGUAGCUUACAAGGCCGAGGCGCCGGCUCCGGUUGUCACCUCUGCCGCGCCGCCCUCCCUUUUCCCUUCCGUAGCCCUAACGCAGGACGAUCUGAAGAAGAUCGCCGCUUACAAGGCCGUGGAGCACGUGAGAUCCGGCAUGGUCGUCGGCCUCGGCACGGGGUCCACCGCGAAACACGCUGUCGAUCGCAUCGCGCAUCUCCUGCGCCAGGGGAAGCUCAAGGACAUAGUCGGCAUACCAACCUCCACGAAAACUCACGAGCAGGCCGUCUCGUUAGGUAUCCCCUUAUCCGAUCUUGAUUCUCAUCCAGUGGUCGAUUUAGCCAUUGAUGGCGCAGACGAGGUAGAUCCAGAUCUGAAUUUGGUGAAAGGGCGUGGGGGUUCACUGUUGAGAGAGAAAAUGAUCGAAUCGGCCAGCAAGAAGUUUAUAGUGAUUGUAGAUGAAUCCAAAUUAGUGAAUUAUGUUGGCGGUAGUAAACUAGCUAUGCCUGUGGAGGUUAUCCCGUUUUGUUGUGACCAUUCUUUGAAGAGGCUCGUGAGUCUGUUUGCUCACGCUGGCUGCAUUGGGGAGCUUAGGAGGUGUCCUGCAAAUGGGAAGGCGUAUGUGACGGAUAAUGGGAAUUAUAUCAUUGAUUUGUAUUUUGAGAAGGAUAUUGGUGACUUGAAUGAAGCUAGUGACAUGAUUUUGAGGUUGCCUGGUAUUGUGGAGCACGGGAUGUUCAUCGGGCUGGCUACUUCGGUUAUUGUUGCUGGCAUUGACGGUGUUACCGUGAAGACUAAGGUAGGGAAUGAUAUGGAGGUGGAUUAUUUUUGUUACAAUGAUUUGAGGAAUGGCUUUUAA